ACUGGCGAGUGUAUUGUGAGCGUUGUUAAAAAAUUAUUUUUACUUUUACCUACAAUUAUAAUGAAAAUAGCAAUUGUCGGCGGUGGAAUUGUCGGAUUAACGACUGCAUUAAAAUUACAUCGUGAAUUUAGAAAUAGUGAAAUUACAGUGGUUGCUGAAAAUUACGAUGAUCUUGUUAGUCAUAUUGCUGCAGGGUUUUUUAGAGUUGGGCAUACUUACUCUGGGCCAACGGAAGAAAUAACAAAAAAAUGGAUUAGUGAUUCUUAUUCGUAUUACACUGAAAUUUCUAAAAAAUUUGAACCCAUUCAAGCAGGAAUUGCUGAGAGUGAGGCCUAUAUGUUUUCCAGUUUUAAUCCCGAUAUUGUCCAGAAUAAAUUAAUGGAACAAGUAGUACCGAUCUACCGGAAAACAACUGACGAGGAAUUUAAUUUGAUCAAUAAAAAUAGUAAAUAUGGUUGUUAUUUCAGCACAAUUUUGAUUCAAAAUCAAUAUCACCUUCCUUGGGCAAGAAAUAAAUUAAAAGAAGAAGGAACAAACUUAGUGACAAAAACAAUAAAAUCAUUUAAUGAAUUAGUUGAUUAUGAUUUUAUUUUUAAUUGCUCAGGAUUGGGGGCAAAAAAAUUGUGUAAUGAUAAAAAAAUGAUACCAAUACGAGGACAAGUAAUCAAAGUAUAUGCUCCAUGGGUGAAAGCAACGUUUUAUAAUGAAACAGAUACAUACAUAAUUCCCGGAAUUGAUGGAACUUGUACUCUUGGUGGUACACGUAAUUUUGAAACGUUUAGAAAAACAGUUUGUCCGUAUGAUGCCAAAUCGAUUAGAGAAAGAUGUGAAGAAUUAUUACCUUCAUUGUCAAAAGCAAAAACUUUAAAACAUGCUGUUGGGCUUAGACCUCACAGAGAAGGAGGAGUUAGAGUAGAAAUUGAAAAAAUAUCAAACGAUCGAGGCAAAGCUGUGAUUGUCCAUAAUUAUGGCCACGGUGGAUAUGGAGUCACUACAGCGCCGGGUACUGCUCAAUAUGCAAUUGAGCUCGUGCAAAAUUAUCAUAAAUCUUCGAAUUCUAAAUUGUAG